AUGCAUUUCAUCCAGACAAUUUUGCCCCUCCUCAUCCUGGGAGUGACUGCCUCUCCGACUCCAGAAGUCAACCUCAAUAGCAUCGCUAACGGACCUCGCGAUUUGGGAGACGUCGCCAACAGCCCUCGCCGCGAUUUGGGAGAUGUCGCCAACAGCCCUCGCCGUGAUCUUGGCGAUGUUGCCAACAGCCCUCGCCGCGAUUUAGGAGAUGUCGCCAACAGCCCUCGCCGCGAUUUGGGAGAUGUCGCCAACAGCCCUCGCCGCGAUUUGGGAGAUGUCGCCAACAGCCCUCGCCGCGAUUUGGGAGAUGUCGCCAACAGCCCUCGCCGCGAUUUGGGAGAUGUCGCCAACAGCCCUCGCCGCGACCUCGGCGAUGUUGCCAACAGCCCUCGUCGCGACCUCGGCGAUGUUGCCAACAGCCCUCGUCGCGACCUCGGCGAUGUUGCCAACAGCCCUCGCCGCGAUUUGGGAGAUGUCGCCAACAGCCCUCGUCGUGACCUCGGCGAUGUUGCCAACAGCCCUCGAGAUCUCGUUCACUUCAACCAAGCUGCUACGUCCGAUGCUAAGAACUAG